AGAGGGCGAGGCAGAGAAAGAGAAAGUACAGAGAGAAAGUGGGGAUUUUUUUUUCAUAGUAUUUUUCCACAGGAAAGAUUUCUGGAUCAGUCAAAUUAGUGAGUUUAGUUUGCUGUUAAUGUGGAAAGACGCGCCUCCUCCUCCUCUGUGCGUAAAAAGGCUGGACAGACAGACAGACAGGACGCAGCUCCACGCACCUGAGAGCGCGCAGCCUGCAGACAGACAGACAGACAGGCAGGCGGACAGGUACACAGAGGAGUGGAGCCGGAAGAACGAGCAGGUCGACUUGUCCUCGUAGUAUUUAUUUUUCCUUUCCAUAGUAACUCCAGGCGUUUUCUUAGAUUACAUCUCUGCUCUUUCUUUUUUUAGACGCGAUUUCUUUAUGAAAGUGAGGAAACAUGACAGAGCAAAGCAAGAAGCUGAUUCUGAUCGUGGUGGAUAUUCUUUGUGUCUUCGUUGCGGCCCUGCCCUCAGCCAUCCUGACGCUGAUGUAUAGUCCGUACCAAAGAGGAAUCUACUGCGAUGAUAAGAGUAUCAGCUAUCCCUACAGGAGAGACACCAUCUCCCAUGGAUCCAUGGCUGCCGUCACCCUCACCUGCUCCAUCGUCAUUAUCACCACAGGAGAGGCCUACCUUGUGCACACAAAGCGUCUGCACUCCAACUCCCAGUUCAACCAGUACCUGUCAGCUCUUUACAAGGUUGUGGGCACCUUCCUUUUUGGAGGAGCCGUCAGCACAUCACUGACCGACCUGGCCAAGUUCACUAUAGGUCGUCCUCGUCCAAACUUCUUGGACGUGUGUAAACCGGUCAGCUGUAACGGAUACAUACUGGAGAUCAACUGCACCGGCUACGGUCGCAAUGUGACUGAAUCCAGGUUGUCGUUCUACUCUGGCCACUCAUCCUUCGGGAUGUACUGCAUGCUCUUUCUGUCGCUCUACGUACAGGCCCGAAUGCAGGGGAAGUGGACGCGACUGGUUCGACCGACCAUCCAGUUCUUCCUGGUGGCGUUUUCUCUGUAUGUUGGAUACACGCGUGUGUCGGACUACAAACAUCACUGGAGUGACGUACUGGUGGGGUUGCUGCAGGGAGCUCUCAUCGCUGUGCUCACUGUCCGAUACGUGUCCGACUUCUUCAAGCAGCGCCCCCCUGGCUGCACACACACAGCAGAGGUCGAACACCUCGAACGCAAACCGAGCCCGCAGCCUGACUCGCAGCGAGGAAACCACUACAACUACACUGGACCUGUAUGAGCUCUUUGCAGCAACAGCAGCAGCUGCUUUUACUAACCUGGGCCUUCACACACGCACACACACACACAACAGCAGCUCCGUUACCAAAGGACCUGUGACUUGUACAUAACAAUGCAGUAACCACUACCUAGAAAUCCAGACUAGACCUGCUCCACUCUGCGAUGACUUCCCAACAAUUUUACAGCUAUGAAAACUCGGAGAUUCCCUAAACCUGUUGGAACAGAAGCUCCACCAUCGUUUAGUUAGGGUGUGUGUGCUGCAAAAAAUGUGAUUGUGUUUUUUGUACAUGUGUGUGUUCUGUUCAAAAGUGUGCAAUGAUUUUAUGUUUUUUUUUUACUUAAUUCAGUGCUGCGUUUACAAGAGAAACGUUUCAGAUUUCUGUGGGGAAAUGUAUGCUGCGAGUUAAACCAAAAAGUGAGCAAAGACUGCUAAAGAGAUCUAUAAAUUUCAAAAACACCAGCCCCCCUAACAAAACGUUCUGUCCUUGAAUAGAGUGACAGACCUUGGAGGCUGAAUGUUUUCCAUUUUGUUGCUUAAUGACAAGCAGUCAGAUAAGACUUUUAUUUUACCUACACUGGAGCUAGAUUAUAUCUGCCUGUUCCUGACACUUUUGUUAUUUUUCCUCUGCAGAUGUUUUAAUGUCUUCAGAGGAUAUGCAUGUGUAACGAUGGACUGCUUUAACUAUAUACAUGAUUUUGUAUCGUGCUAACAUUUUUAUUUUGUUUAUAACUUCUGUAUCUUAAUAAAUUGUGUAGCUUUUUAACAAUGCAUUACCACUGCUUUGCUGUGACGUUACAGUGCAACUUUUUGAGCUGGCAACAUCUGGAUGUUUCUUUUUUUUUUAUACACACAAACUUCACCUGUGAUUGGAAAAGGAUGGCCAAAGACAAAUGGAGACAUUACUGGGGUAUAGUCAUCCCAUAAACCAUAAUUUUUUCAGUUAUAGAACCACAAUUUCACACAAACUGCACAUCUUCCUUCCCACUUUAUAACAUGUGUAACCUAAUGUGUGAAACUGCACAUAAUGUAACUUCUUUCCUUCAGCCUGACGAUUGUUUUGUGUAGUUUUCUCCAUAAAUAUAAGCCGGCA